UUUCGAACUGAAUGGUUUAAUCAUGAAUCUAAAUAGACCGAUCGAUACACUAAGGAGAAACGGUAUCAAGAGCGUGUAGGCAGAAAGCAAGGAUGACCAUAUGGAGCGAUGUAAUGAACAGUGGGAAGCAAACCUUAAAAGAAACACCGACAAUGUUUCGACGAUCGGAUUCUCGAUGAGUACUCUGGAGAUUGGGGUUCGACUACCACUUGAUUGAAUUUAAAAAUUCACGUGUAAAGAAAAGCCAUGUGCUCUUGUUAAGUUCUGUAGUAUGAAUGUAUAGAAAAAAAAUAUAAUAUAUAAAAGUAUAUUAUGUUAAGACAAUAGCGUCCGGCCACCGUCAGUCGUGAUUUCAUGUAACGCAUUGUCAUGAAAUCCUUCACUGGCCCGUAAAGUUUAUAGUGAACAGUUCAAUCACUGCUGGAUAGAAAGCAAUGCAAGAUUAGAAUGGACGGCUUACUUUCGGGGAAAUGCUUGGUAAACAAAAACCGGAAGCGAAGCAUACGAAAAAAUAUCCCCUGCCUCCUUUUUGAUAAUAGUUUGUUUGGCUAUAUCUAAUUGAUGCUUUCUGUCGAAAUGUGAAUUUCGCGACAACAGCAAUUCAGUGGGAAUUCAUUCCAGUAAGGCAAUCCAAUCCACGCAGCGUAUACUAAUGUUACGAUCCAAACAACUCACUAAAAAUUAAACACGAUCGAGAAAGCAUUCGCAAUUUUACCGCAUCAGCUUCUAAUCAUUCCGGUACACAUAGUGUACUCGCAUUCAUCAUCGACCCGCGAACAUCGAUCAAUCAAUUAGGCAAAGGUGUUAGAGUGUCAGGGUACACGAAGUUUAUUAGAUUCUUAGAUAUCCAUAUGUAGGCAAAAAAGCGAAACACGAGUUCUGCACAUAGGAGCACACAUGUCUAAUUGCCUCCACCAGCCAGAGGCAGGAGGAAAACUAAUCUUGCAAUAUUGUUAGCUGUUGCUGCUGUUGUUCGACAACAUACUUUCGUAUCUACUUCAUCACUUUGAUGGCUUUUCCCCAUUUGUUGGAAUGCAAACAUGUAAAAGGCAUAAAGGAACGUAUUGGUUUAACCUAUCGCUAUAUUGGAUCGCUUUCCCGUUAAUCUUGUUCUCUAUAAUACACCGAAUGCUUUUAAGGGACGCAUUAAGCGAAAAUAAGCUUAAUUAACUACUCGUACUCCCCCGCAAAGAAGUGCAAAUACUAUAGUAAAGAAUGUGAAAGUAGGGAUAUAUAUUCGUAAGGGGGAAUGCGAGAAGAGAGCGCUUAGCAUACCUAUCACCAAUCCAGAGUUCCAUAUGAAUGUAUUUAUAAGUAUUGAGGCAACAUUGUAGAAAUAUUGUCAUAUUGUACACAUAAUGAAUAUAUAGCAGCCAGUGCACCUGAUGCGCUUUGGUGCCCAAGUAAAGAAAACCUAAGCGUUAAAAGCAAAUACAGAAAUCUGUUCUGACUAUAGGAAAACAAACAGCACUUAUCAAUAGCGGUACGAUGUAAUAUGUUGUGUUGUUUCUCCCUUGUUAUUGUAACAAUCGGUUCGUGCAAGUGUGGUAAACGGUACAAUGCGUAGUAGUCAGUUGCUUGUACUUACCAUGAUUCGAUGCAAAAGCAAAUGAGACCAGCCUAGACUGGAAAAGCCGAAUGGGAUGCCGGUUGAGAUAAACGUAUGCAUUGUGUGUACUGAUAUCUCUGCAAAGGUGCGUGACCGAUGAUGGUUAUCUUUUGGUGGAUAAUUUUCGUUAGUUUUGCGACAUUGCCCACUCGCUAGAAGGAUCAAAUGGAAAGAUUCUUUAUCGUCUUGGUAAUGCAUACACGCAAUACCCGUAAUAAAAAUGACAUGCUGUUAUCAUGGCUCGUUAUAUGUGAAACUAUCAUUGCUACUCUAGCUAAGAACGCCAGCAUAGCAACAGUAAAACAGGAUAUUAUCCAAACACGAAUGUGAACAUAUACACUGCAAAACCGAUAAGAAACAAUAUUAAACACAUAUGAAUAUAUUUCCAAAUAUAUAUAUUUAUAUAUGUAUAAAUAUAUAAAAAUAUAUCAAUAUAUAAAUAAAUAUAUUUCUAUAUAUAUAAAUAUAUAUAUAUAUAAUAUAUAUUUGUGUAUAUAAAUAUAUAUAAAGUUGUUCCAAUGAUGGAAAGUAGAAGAUUCGAACAAUAAA